AAAGGCAGAACUCGAUUAUUUGAAGCAUGUCUGGGCGCGGUAAAGGUGGAAAAGGUCUGGGGAAAGGAGGCGCCAAGCGUCAUCGCAAAGUUCUCCGUGAUAACAUUCAGGGGAUUACGAAGCCAGCGAUUCGUCGUUUAGCUCGCCGUGGAGGAGUAAAGCGUAUAUCCGGUCUCAUUUACGAAGAGACUCGUGGAGUCCUGAAGGUGUUUUUGGAGAAUGUGAUCCGCGAUGCCGUCACCUACACUGAGCACGCCAAGAGAAAGACCGUCACCGCUAUGGAUGUUGUUUAUGCUCUGAAGCGUCAGGGUCGCACUCUGUAUGGCUUCGGUGGGUGAACGUUAACGCUCAUUAAAUACUUUCUGAAACUACCCAAAGGUUCUUCUCGGAGCCACCCACUCCUACGAUUAAAAAGUCGAAUUUCCUCA